CUUAAUCCAACGGUGUAUAUCACUCCACGCUCGUGCUUAUCAUCACUCCCCAACUCUCUUGUUUACUCUCCUCUUCCAAACCCUCAAUCGAUCAAAUCCUUCACUACUGCAGAAGAAGAAAAUGGCCACAAUUACACAACUUUUUUCAUUAUAGACAUCCCCAUCCAUCUCUAAAUCUUUCCAGUAAAUUUACCCACAGAAAGUUUAAUUGAUUUUAUCCUACAAUUUUAUGAAAUAACUUGUUUAUAUUAUCAUCAACUGAAAUUAACCUCAAACCCUGUAAAGAUCAUAUUACUUUAGUUGAAGUUCUAUCUUUAUUUAUUUUUUUUUUAAUUUUGAUUUGGUAGAAAGGGUAGGAUGAUGACUGAUAGCUAUUCAAAGAUGAUGUCGGAAAUCGGAAUGCGAUCAAGCAACGAGGAGUUAGGGUUGCUGAAGCGGAUGAGUAGCAGUGAUCGUGAGACGGAGAUUAACAUGUACCGAAGUGGGUCUGCACCACCCACCGUUGAAGGAUCCUUGAAUGCUGUUGCAGGCUUGUUUGACGGUGGCAUUUCCGAACAAGAGUUGAGGUCUGAUCCAGCUUAUGCUGACUAUUAUCAUGCUAAUGUUAAUCUCAACCCUAGGUUACCCCCACCGCUUUUAAACAAGGAUGAUUGGCGGUUUUCGCAGCAGCGGUUGCACGGUGGGGGUGGGGGCUCUGCUAUUGGGGAUAUGAGGAAGGUGAAGAAAGAUAAUGGGAAUGCCAGAAAUGCGCAGGGUAUGGCGGAAUGGGGCGGUAACGGGCUUAUCGGGUUGCCGGGUUUGGGUUUAGGGAGUAGACAAAAGAGCAUUGCUGAGAUCAUUCAGGAUGAUAUGAGUCAGGCUGCUUCUGGUUCUAGGCAACCGUCUCGUCCAGCUAGCCGUAACGCAUUUGAUGAAAAUGUUGACUUUUCCGAUUCCCAUUUUGGGCAUCUUCAGGGGAUGGGAUCUGCAUCGGCUCUCGGAUCAUCUUUGUCAAGAAGCAACACCCCUGAUCCACAGCUUAUGGCUCGAUCGGCUAGCCCACUGGUGCCUUCAGAUCUUGCAUCUGAUUUCUCCAAUUUGACUCUUUUGAAUAAUGGUAUGGUGGAUGAAGAGACGCAGUUACGGGCUCGGGCUCAAAACGCUGCUCACUUGGCCAAAGGGUCGAAUCAAUAUAUGGGCAAAAGUGGCGGGCCUAGAAUUGGUCAGGGGUCACCUGUGAAUUCAUACAUGAACGGGCCCAUGGCCAACAAUGGUUCUGGAAACUCUCCUUCUCGAUAUCAGAAUCUUGAUAGUCCAAGUUCGUCUUUUUACGGUCUAGGUGGUGGCAGCGGCGGUUAUAUGAUGAAUCCCGCUUCACCAACCAUGAUGGCAAACCAAAUUUUACCGUCUUUAUAUGACAAUGGCGCUGUGGCGGCAGCAAUGGGUGUUUCCGCCAUGGAUUCUAGAGGAAUGAGAGGUGGGUUUGGUUUAGAACCUAGUAGACUCAUGGACCCGUUGUAUCUUCAAAACUUAAGAUCUAGUGAAUAUAUGUCGGCGUUAAACGAUGCAACAAUUGAUCGGGAGUUACUAGCAAUCCAGAAAGCUUACCUGGCGGGUCUGUUAUCUCCUCAAAAGUCUCAGUAUGGUCUUAAUCAUGGUUACUACGGAAGCCCUGGUUAUGGGCUUGGGAUGUCGUAUCCCGGAAGCCCAUUGGGCAGCCCACUUCUGCCUAACUCUGCUUUUGGGCCUGGUAGUCCUGCCCGACAUGGUGACCGGAGCUUGCGGUUUCCAUCCGGGAUGCGUAAUAUAGUCGGUGAAAGUUUUGCAUCUUCUUUGCUAGAUGAGUUCAAGAGCAAUAAAACCAAGUGUUUUGAGCUCUCGGAAAUUGCGGGGCAUGUUGUUGAAUUCAGUGCGGAUCAAUUUGGAAGUCGUUUUAUUCAACAAAAGCUUGAAACCGCUACAACAGAAGAGAAAGAUAUGGUGUUUAAUGAAAUUAUGCCUCAAGCUUACUCGCUAAUGACUGAUGUAUUCGGCAAUUAUGUCGUUCAGAAGUUUUUUGAACAUGGAAGUGCUACUCAAAUACGAGAAUUGGCCGAACAACUCACCGGGCAUGUUCUAACACUGAGUCUUCAGAUGUAUGGUUGUCGGGUUAUUCAAAAGGCGAUUGAGGUUGUUGACCUUGACCAACAAACAAAGAUGGUUACGGAGCUUGAUGGUCAUGUGAUGCGUUGUGUACGUGAUCAAAAUGGCAAUCAUGUUAUUCAGAAGUGUAUUGAAUGUGUACCAGAAAAUGCUAUUCAUUUUAUAAUCUCUACUUUUUAUGAUCAAGUUGUCACAUUGUCAACUCAUCCGUAUGGUUGUCGUGUCAUACAGAGAGUUUUGGAACACUGUCAUGACCCUAAAACACAAAGCUUAGUGAUGGAUGAAAUCUUGAAAUCUAUCAAUAUGCUGGCCCAAGAUCAAUAUGGAAAUUAUGUCGUUCAGCAUGUACUGGAACAUGGAAAGCCGCACGAACGCAAGUGUAUUAUAGAUCAACUAACCGGGCAGAUAGUUCAGAUGAGUCAACAGAAAUUUGCCUCAAAUGUUGUUGAGAAAUGUUUGACUUUUGGUACACCUGAACAACGCCAGACCCUUGUCACCGAAAUGCUAGGCACCACUGAUGAAAAUGAACCGCUUCAGGUGAUGAUGAAGGAUCAGUUUGCCAACUAUGUUGUGCAGAAAGUUCUAGAAACAUGCGAUGACCAGCAACUCGAGAUGAUUCUGAAUCGUAUCAAGGUUCAUUUAAACGCCCUCAAGAAAUAUACUUAUGGAAAACACAUAGUUGCCCGUGUUGAGAAACUUGUUGCUGCUGGAGAAAGGAGGAUCGGGGCUAUGGCUGGAUAUGCCGCUGCCGCCUCUGCUGCCAGCGGCACUACUACUUAAAUGUAACGUGAUUUGGAGAGUUGUACAGCUAACUGAGAGUCCGGCUUAUCGAUGGUUGUGUUUUUUGGUUCGUUUUAAACAUGCAGCAGCUAUAAAAGACAUGUACAUUGUUAGUUUUUAAGGAAGGAUAUAUGAUAUAUGUAUACCUAGGACUCGAGUCUUUAGCCAAGGCUCAGGGGGUGAAACACACCCGAGGCCGCCCCCGUUGCAGAGAUUAUAACAGAAGUUUGUGUAUGUGGUGGUUGUCGUGACUGUACAAAUAUAUAGCCGGGUGUAGCAGAGCCUUAUGGUGUAUUAUGUGUUUGCCUGAGUUUUCAUUUCCUUUUGUAUGGAUUCUUAAUGAUAUUAUGUUGGCAAACUUUGUUUUGUGUUGCGACU